AUGGCGAAGGACGCUAAAAUACAGCCUUUGGCAGUCAGGUUAACUGCAAUUGCGGGGAGCCUUCGAUCUGCUGAAGAUGUCACCAGCGUAUCUGACCCACUCGUAAAACAACUCGAAAACGUCGUCAACGAACUCACCGUCGAGUUAGCGGGAGGCAAACCCAAUCUGCCCCGAAACGGCCAGAGAGGUAAGGCCGCAAACGCUAACCACAGAGCUAGGGGAAGUAGAGACAAAAGACGCCAACACGAGUAUGCUACGGUACAACAACUCUGGGAGAAAGAACCGAAACAACUAGCUACGCUAGUAGUGGAGGAUCGGCUCUCAGAUAUCGAACAACGCCGCCAACCUGAACUACCUCCGGGUGAUCAGGUAAGAGACCUAUAUAACGGACUCUGGGGCGUUGAAGAAACCACAUUCUUCCCACCUGAUUGGGAAGAGACCGUAGCUACAAGGGUGGGCGUCGUCGAUAUUAACCCGAUACAGCUCGGGACGGUAGAAAAAAAGAUACCGACGCCUGAAAACGCACACUGCUGCGGGGCCAGACAAAGUGGCUAA